AUGCCACCGACUAUCCCCGAGCAACAGCCACUCCACCAUGCAGUUCUUAUUGAAGAGGAGAACAUCAUGUUGACUGAGGUGAAACGCGACAAUUUCAAAUCUUUCUGGGACAAGUACUCGGAUAAACCCGAUAAUGCGGCUAUGAUGUUGAAUCACAACGCCGAGGAUCUUGAGGCAGCUGAUCGUGCUGACAUUUUGCAAUCGUUGCCCAAUCUCAAGGAUAAAGAUGCCGUCGAUGUGGGCGCUGGGAUCGGCCGCUUCACGACUGUUUUGGCGGAAACGGCUCGCUGGGUGUUGUCCACGGAUUUCAUCGAGUCGUUCAUCAAGAAAAAUCAGGAGCGAAACGCCCAUCACGGAAACAUUCAUUACCAAGUCGGUGAUGCCGUUAAUUUAAAGAUGAAGAACGGGAGUGUCGAUCUUGUGUUCACGAAUUGGUUGAUGAUGUAUUUGAGUGAUAAAGAAGUCGUGCAAUUCUUGAUGAGCGCCAUGCGAUGGCUUCGCCCGAAUGGCUAUAUUCAUUUAAGAGAAAGCUGCUCUGAGCCGAGCACUGGCCGUGCCAAGUCCAACACAAUGCACAGCAAUGCCGACUCAAACCCCACGCAUUACCGUUUCUCAUCACUUUACAUCAAACUGCUCAAAGAGCUCAGAUAUCGCGAUCCCGAGGGUAAAGUGUGGCGCUUUGACGUUCAAUGGUCGUGCUCAGUUCCAACGUAUAUUAAGCGGAUGCAGAACUGGCGCCAGAUUCACUGGUUGACGAAGAAGGUUCCAGCUGACGGGGAUGAGGUGAAACCAUUCGAGGAGUACCUUGAGCUCUUCUCCAACACGUGGAAACAAGAGCAACUCGGCUGGGACGCGCAGUUGGAUGGAGAGAAAUCGAUGUGGACGGACAGGAUCCUCGCCCCGGCCAUCAAUCCAACUGUUGUCGCUCAACAAUCAACGGUUUUCGUCUACACUCCACGAAAGAUCAGCCCAUUCACCCAUGUCAACAGUCAUCUUCUGGCAGAGAAAUUCACCUGCAAUGUGUGGAAUGUUGAGGUGAACCCCUGGUUCUAUCGCACCUCAAUCACCAAGGCCAACACCUUGAGAGACCAGAGAGUCCGUUUUGGCUGGAACGAGACCCUCUCAUCGUCGGUGGAUUAUUGGAGGCAACGACAGGGUGAAUUCAACAGUCUUGUCGCCACCGAGCUGCUCGCGACCAACUCUGUCGAAGAGAUCAAAGAGCUGACGUCAAUCCUGCACCCCGAGGCGCGCGCCGUUCUCUUGGAGCCGGUUGAAGAGGUUGAUGAGAAGAGUGUGAGAAAGACGCUUACCGAUGCUGGCUUCAAGAACAUUUCAAUCAAAGAGGUGACAAAAGAGGCGCACGAAGCACAAUCCGAGUAUCUGAAAGUACACGAAAAGCCCGAUUUUCCCGUCGGAAAGCACUGGCUUCUCAUCGAGGCAUCAUUG